AAAAGGAGCAGGGGGUCAAACACACAGGGAGGAGAGAAACAGGGGGAAAGCAGAGCUGAGACAGACUAUAGAAGAAGACCAAUAAAGAGUGUGGAGACAAACCCCGCUUUGAAGGCUCCUUCCUUUGCAACCACAGCUCUGUCCUGACCCCACGCUGACAAGGACCAGCCUUUCCUGCUACAAAAUCUCAAGCCAGCAGCUCCUGACACAAGUUUUCCUGCUCUGGAGUCCUCAGCAUCGCUAUCUGGCCAACACUUGUUCUUUCCGCAAAGAGAGCCAGGGUCCUUCCAGGCAAGAAACCAGCCCUACAAGGGUUAAUUUUGCCAAGGCUCUUCCAUACAAUCGUAAGGAUGCUGCUCUGCAGAAUCUUAAGCAUACCGGUGGCUUCCAUAAGCAUCAUUGCUUUGUUCAUUGCCCUGACCACCGAUUACUGGCUAGUGGCUUACGGACCGGCUGGCAUUGCCCACAGUGGCCUCUGGCAGGAGUGCAUGGGUGGGAACUGCUGGACACCAACCAAGGCUAAUGAAUACAUCCUUGCCACACGUGCGUUCCUAAUCUUGGGCUCCCUGGCAGCUUUGGCCUCAGUCAUUUCUCUUACCGCCUCCUUCAUGCCUUGCGACUGUGGCUUCCUUGGCGGAGCCUUCGUCACGUCCAUCGUUGCCGUCACAGGUGCACUCUUCACUCUCGUUGGUGUAGUCGUAUUCACCGCUGAAUCCUGGGGGAAGAACAGGGACCCUCAAAUCCAGCUCACCUAUGAGUGGUCCUUCUAUCUUGCCUGGGUAGCAUUUCCCAUGAUGCUCCUGACUGGCAUCUUCAGCUUUGUUGCUCACUUGUGCCCUUCAAGGCCUGGCUAUGAGAAUGUGUGAGGACCUGGUUCCUAAGAAGCAAAGGCAACCUUUGAAGACACACAACACACAAAGGAAGCCUGUUCUCUCCCUCCCUCCACUUCCCAUGCCAGUGAAAUCGCCUUCACAACUGUCCCAAUCGUGCUUUCAUCCCCAAUCCAUUCACAGCACCCCCUACAUAGCAUCCGAGCUGCCUUGUCUUCAGGGAGCUUUUUCUGCACUGCCUAGUCUACAGGUUGAGCAUCUGCCAUGGAAUCACUGGUUGCAAACAAAAGAUGCUUCGCAGGAGGCCACCGACCAAACCGCAAACUGAUAUGGAAAUGUGGAAAGCUAAAUGUAAGGCUUGAAAAAAAUAAUAAUAAU